ACCGCGGGGACAACAGUGUGCCGGCCUGCCGCGGCGGCGGCCUGAGGGGGUGGCCGGACGCAGCCGUUCGCUGGAGUGGGCCGAGGGCCAGGAGGGAGGAAAGGCGAGGUUCCCGCAGCGAGGUGGGCGGCUUCCCCGCCUCCAGGGCCCUUCAGUGAGGUGGGCGGCUUCCCCCGCCCCCAGGGCUCCUCGGCCGGAGGAUGCCGGCGCAGCGCGCCCAUGAGAGCAUCCAUAACCUGCCCCCCCUGGAGGAGAAGCAGCCUGUCAAACCUCCCAGGUAUAUAUCCACAUUUAGACCAGCCGUGAAAUGUGAAGCAGAGAAAAAUAAAGCUCAGUGGAAAACUAUGGGACCAGCAAAAGUUGCAGUGCCAUCUCCAAAAAAAUUCCUGCAGAAACAUUCAAAGGAACCCAAGCUACCAGCAAGAAAAAAAGAACAGGAUAGUAAGAAACUGCCUGCGUUAUCAGUGCCACGGAGGACAGAUCACCCAGUUAUGGGAAUUCAGAGUAAAAAGAAUUUUAUAAAUACAAAUGCAGUUGCUGCUAUCACGGUAUUGCCUAAAAAGCCUCAACCUAUUUAUGUUGAUAGAAGACAGGGAGAUAAAUAUCUGCUUGAAACUUCAGGCCUUGUUCCAAAAUAUAUUAAAAAAAAGGAUUAUGGUGUUACACCAAAAUAUAUAACGCGGAGAAAUGAAGAAGUGAAGAGAGCUCAGAAAGAAUAUGAGGACAGUAUAUUGGAGCAUCUCAAGAAAAGAGCUAUGAAACGGCUAUCUGAUGAAGAAAGGAGAAGUCUUCUGCAGGGGCUGAAGAAGAACUGGGAGGAAGUGUAUCGUGACUUUCAGCGUCUUUCGGUAGAAAUAGACACCAUACCCAAGAAGUUAUAUAAAGAAAAGCUGGAAUUGCAGAUGAAACAACUGGAGCAUGACAUAGAAGUAAUUGAGAAGCACAAAGUUAUCUACAUUGCAAAUGAGUAAGGACUGUUUUUCAGAUAUUGCCUCUCUCCUCCUUUUCUUUUUUUCUAUCCCUACAUCUCCAAGAACCACCCCCCUAAAUUCUCAGAAGAAAUUGACACCACCAACUAUUCUGAAGGAAAUAUUUAACUAAUAUAAGUACAUAGCUUCUUAGAAAAGUUGUUACAUAUAGCCGUCAUCUGUUUUGAAAUAAAAUUCUUAAUUAAACUUUGAGUAUAAAACCAUUAAUUUAAUCUAUUAUUCUGUGUAAUUUUUAUUAACUACUUAGAUUUCUAUAAAUGUCAUACAAAAAGCAUGAAAAAUACUGUUUCAUAUGCUUCGAGCACUUCUUUCCUUGCAUAGCCAAAACAAAGUGAAAUAACUGGCUGCUGAAGACAGCUCGGUAAACAUAACUUCAGGGUGGGAUGGUUUCUGGACUAGUUAUUAAAGAGCUGUUGCGCUUUACUUGAAAGCUUGAGCAAUUGUAUUUCUAAGCAGCUUGGCUUCUGUGUACUCUCUUUUUUAUUACCAAAACCAAUUUUUAUAGUGGAAGCCCAUAAUAAUAUAGACUUCACACAAUUCAUAUACUACAUGUAGCUUGCUGUGUUUAUGUAUAAAUAAUUCUGUAAUACUAUAGUAAAUCUCCAACCAAAGUAGAAAAAUGUGUUUCGAUUGCUAUUAUGUGUGUAGCGUUAGAAUGAAAGCAAUAUCCCACAUAGCAUGUGAGUCAAGGCCUAGGCAGGAAUUAUAUCAGCACAUUAUACUGCAAGUAUUUGCCUAAAAAGAAAAAUUGUUUUUCUUUCCUGCUGCUUAACCUUUGCUUCAGAACACAGCUUUUUCUGUAUGGUAUCAAUCAUUACCACCAGCAGCUGUUGUGACAUCAUAGUAUCAGACAGCAGCAGAGGAUGCUCCCCUCUGAUACAUGUGAAUAGCUUCUGUCACCCUAUGUGGAGGUUAUAACUCCUUCCCUCUACUUUGGUGUGUAUUCCACACAACCUACCAACACUUCUUGAUUAUGGAAAAAACAUAUUGUAAUGAAAACCAUUGAAAAUACACACAGAAGGAUAACAUUCUUACCCUUUAACUCUCUCUGGGAAGUCUGACAAAAUAAAUUUACAGAAUCCAAAGAAUGUAAGAAUAACUCUGUAUUUAGAUUUUGAAGAAAUGCCAAUAACUGAAGGUGUCAUGUUCAUGAAUCAACUAUACCAUCAGUAUAACUAAAGCAAAAAGGUGAGUAAACUCGAUUGUUCUGAUGGAAUUGUUCCUUCAUAAAAGAUACUAGAUAUAAACAGAGGCAAGUCUGUCCACAAGCUAAAAGGUAGCAUUAGCAGUUGAAGCGUUGUCUAAAUUCACUGGUCUGUUACUGAUAACCAAUGAAAUAAUAAGAAAAUCAUCAAAAUGCUUCUAGUACUUCAUAAUUAUUUUAUCAAGCUGGCAUUUUCAAAUGGUGCAUGUUAAUUGGGUAACCAUCACAAAACACCUGCUAAAUGGGGUAUGAAUGCUCUAUUGGUCAGUAAGAGUUAUGUUGCCACAAACUGAAACUAUUUCCUGUUGGAAGUUAUGCAUGACAAAACUGUGUAUCUAUUUUUUAAAAAUAGCAACAUGAAAUUA